GGAAUCCUGUCGGAGUUCGUGCUUCAGUCACUUUAGCCAAAAAGUAAAAACACCAAACGGAUACAAGUGCUAUUCGGUUACAAGCAAUACUGUAUCAUCCCCUCAUUUGCAGAAGUUAUCACUUUAGCUGUCCGCCGGGACUCUCCGUGGUAUCCCGGACCAGAUCAGUUCCCGCGUUGGCUUCAUCCGAGGAUUCGAGCCACAGGAAAAAACAACCCUGGUCCUCCCACAAGGUCCGCGGGCAACAGCAGAGCCAGAGUGCCGGUGCCCCGGAGCGGCCGAGACCCAGACAGAUGGCCGCGACCAAAGCGGAGCUCCUGCUCUCGGCCUUGCAGAUCUCCGAGCCCCUGGCCGGAUUUCCGUCGGUGCUGUCCCCGUUGGACGGCUACCCGAAGCUGGAGGAACUGCAACUGCUUCUGCAGAACGCCGCCGAGGGUGGAGGUCUGCUCAGCGGGGAAACCGGGGACUACGGAGACCUCCUGUCGGAAUUAGCCGACCUGCAGGGCCUCCCCCCGCUCACCCCCCGCGUCCCCCCUCUGGCCUACAGUGGCCGCUUCACCUUCGAGCCGUCUCCCGUGCCCAACGGUGGCGGCGGCGGCGGGCUGUGGGCGGAGCCUCUCCUCAGCCUCUUUAGCGGUUUGGUCAGCGUCGCGGCUCCCUCCGCCCCCGCCUCUUCGUCGUCGGUGACGUCCACGCCGAGCCAGUCGAGCUUCGGCUGCGUCUCAGCUGAUGUCGGCUCCAUCUUCACUGUGGCACCGACGUUCGCUGCCGCCGCCUCCGCCAAUGAUGCUCUCGACUCCCAGCCGACACCCUUCCCGUCACACGAGCCGCCCCCAGCCUACCCUUCCUCUCGGCCCACAGUGCUCCCGGACUACAUCCUGCCUCAGUCGCAGGACGCCGAGCUGCACUUGAACCGGGAGGGGAAAUCCGUGAUGUCACAAGGUGGGAAUCCCCCACAACCACCGCUCACGCCACUGUCCACUAUAAAAGCCUUCUCCUCCUCCCACGUACCCAACCAGUCCCUCGCCACGCUCGCCUGCCAGGUCACCAAACCAUGCAGGAGGAAACUCCACGGCAAAGCAUCCCCACACGAGCGUCCCUACAUAUGCCCGGCCGACGGCUGCGACCGACGCUUCUCCCGCUCGGACGAGUUGGCCCGGCACGUGCGCGUGCAUACGGGCCAGAAGCCCUUCCAGUGUCGCAUUUGCAUGCGCAGCUUCAGCCGCAGCGACCACCUGACCACCCACAUCCGCACUCACACGGGCGAGAAACCCUUCGCCUGCGCUGAGUGCGGGCGAAAGUUCGCCCGCAGCGACGAGCGCAAGCGGCACACCAAGAUCCACCAGAGGCACCGGGACCGGAAUCCCAUCCCCGCUCAACCCACGUCCGCAGCGCCUCCUGCCUCCUCCUCUUCCUACUCCUCGCCCGCUCACACCUCCUCCUCACCCACACCUUCUGUCUUUAGCCCGUCCUCUUUUCCGAGGUACCCCAACCUCUAUUCCUCUUCCAGCUCCCCCUCGCCCCCUCGGUCGGAGCGCCCGCCCAGUAUCGCUUCACUUCAUAACAUCUGCUAACGCAAAGCUGGCCAUCUGAGGGUUCCGUUGGUUUGAUGAGGACAAACAGCACACGUAAAACAUCAGAGCUGCAAGUAGUGGUGAACUUGACCCUUUUUCAGACUUUAAAACCAUGACCAAACCUUGAAAUUCACCUAAAAUGACAAACUUCCUGUACAAUUUCCUGUAUGGGUCCUUGAGACUUUUUCAUGCAUCCAGUUACGAUAGACGUGUCCACCCGAUACGACGGUUCCAAACAAUUGCCCCAAUCAGUUUGUAAACCAAAUGUAAAUCUGUUUAUAUGAAUAUAUAAUUAUAUUUUUGUAUAUAUACAUAUAUAUAAUUUUUACGUCCCAUGUAAAUUUGAAUGCUCCCAUGCAUUUGAUACCAAAUGUUUUCCUCCUAACGGAUUACGAAUAAAAAUGUU